AUGGCCCCUGAGGAGUGCCUUGUUUGGAUAGCACUCCUCGCGGUGCCUCUCCUGUGCUACAUGAUGAUGUACACUAGAAGAGGUGCCUGCCGGUGGCCGCCAGGCCCCCGGCCGUGGCCCAUACUCGGCAACCUCCUCGACCUGCGCGGUGGUAACCUCCACCACAACCUCGCGCGCCUGGCGCACACCCAUGGCCCUGUGAUGACACUCAAGCUCGGCGUGGUGUGCACCGUGAUUGUGUCCUCCCAGGACGCGGCGUGGGAGGCAUUCGCUAAGCACGACCGCCGCAUUGCGGCGCGCACUGUCCCGGACACGAGGCGCGCCGUGGCCCACGCCGACCGCUCAAUGGUGUGGCUGCCGAGCUCCGACCCGCUGUGGAAGACGCUGCGUGGCAUUGCCGCCACACACAUCUUCUCGCCGCGCAGCCUCGCGUCAGCGCAGGGCGCCCGGGAGCGCACCAUGAACCACAUCCUUUACACCUUCCGCCGCCGCGCCGGGCAGGAGGUCGACAUUGGCCACGUUCUGUACCAUGGCAUGUUCGACCUGCUGACCAACACACUCUUCUCCCUCGACGGCCAGGACAAGCUGAGGGACAUUCUAGAGGACAUCGUGGCGCUCCUCGCCGAGCCCAACGUGUCGGACUUGUACCCGUUGCUCCGGGUGCUGGACCUGCAGGGCCUUCGCCGCUGGACGGCCACACACAUGAACCGCGUCUUUCACGUGCUAGACAAGAUCAUCGACACCCGGCUUGGCGAGGGCAAUCAUGAUCAGGACGUCCUGGACACGCUGCUGGCAUUGAUGACCACCGGCAAGAUGAGCCGCCGCGACGUUAAGACCAUGCUGUUUGACGUCCUAGCGGCGGGCACGGAGACGACCAAGAUCACGGUGGAAUGGGCGAUGGCGGAGCUGCUGCGGAACCCGGGCGUGAUGGCGGCGGUGCGCACCGAGAUGAAGGGUACCCUCACGCAAACGCAGGGGAGGAUGAUCACGGAGGCAGACGUGGCGAAGCUACCGUACCUACAGGCCGUGGUGAAGGAGUCGAUGCGGCUGCACCCUGUUGCGCCGCUGCUGCUGCCGCACCUGGUGGAGGAGGAGGGCGUGGAGAUAGGUGGCUACACCGUGCCCAAGGGCGCCACCGUCAUCUUCAACUCAUGGUCCAUCAUGCGCGACCCGGCGGCAUGGGAGAGGCCCGAGGAGUUCGUGCCGGAGCGUUUCCUGGGGAAAACGGAGCUUGGCAUGUGGGGGAAAGAGGUCAAGUUCAUCCCACUGGGCACCGGCCGGAGGCUGUGCCCGGCAUUGCCCAUGGUGGAGCUUCUCGUGCCAUUCACCGUGGCGUCCAUGCUGCAUGACUUUGAGUGGCGGCUGCCCCAGGGCAUGUCACCUGACCAGGUGGACGUGACCGAGAGGUAUACAAGCAACGAUAUCCUCGUUAUGGACGUGCCUCUCAAGGUUGUGCCCAUGGUCGCCACCUAGUCACCUGCCCAUUACCCUAUUUUCCACCGUCACUAGCUACAUGCAUGUCACUGUAUUGGUUGGCAUGGCGACAAGCAUGCCACUAGCGCCAAACAUACGUACGGCGAUGAUCAUGCUUAUGUGUAUGUUUGACAACGAUUAUAGAAUAAAAUAUCAACAUCUGUAGUGUAGAAUAAAUGAAAUAUGAUAAUAAUUUUUAUGAUGGAUAUCUAAUGACUCAAAUUAAGUAUUAUACUAUGUAUUAUUACUGUUGUUUGUUUUUUUUAAACACGAUCAAACAUGCCUUAGUUUGACUUUUGAAUAAACUAAUACAUUUUAGAGUCAUUCCAUCGAUCCCUUCAACAAAUACAUAGACUUGCAAGGCUAUGCCUCAACACAUGACCUUACCAAAUUACUCCCACAUGGCGAUCGGAUCACAAGAAAAAAAUCAUUGAAAAACACAUCAAGGUGAAUCCUUUAUUGAUAGUAUGUCUUACAAUGGUUUCCAGAUGCGAGACAUAAUUAUAAAGAAUGGAAAACUUAGGGAUGAAUGUUCCGGUGAUGGUGAUGGUGGUGGCUAUGGAGAUGGCGAUGGGAAGUGUGGCGGCUAGGGUUUGUGGAUGAUACUGGUGACGAAGAUAGAUGUUCUGCGGUUGCUCUGAUCUGAUUCUGGUAGUGGCCGUUUAACGAAAGCUGGAGCAUUGGACGCCAAGGUGUCGUGGGCAUAUGGUACGAGCACGUGCGCUCGUACCAGACGUCUUCUUGCGCUCUGGAUAGGUUCCAACGCCUCCCACUUGAUCCUUCUUAUCUGCUCUUUGCUCCUUUGUGUAUAUGUGCUUGAUUUAGUCCAUGUAAUGCCAUUUUCUGCGGAAACAUCAUUAAGAUAAGAUUUUGAAAUCCUUUCCAUUUAUUAGUC